AGGGUGGUAGGUGCGCUCGGGAGUGUGGGGGUGUGUGCGAGGGUGUGAGUGGGGGUGUGAGUGAGUGAGCGGUGUGAGUGUGUGCGCGGGUGCGGGUGUGAGCGCGUGCGGGAGGGGGUGUGGAUGGAGUUGGUCAAUUUCGGCCUCAGCUGUCAGGUCCAUUUCAACGCAGAGCCUCAGGGCCCCGGCCACAUGGAGGGCGCAAGGGCGAGCGGGGAGCUCCGGGGUUCUUCUGCCCGCUCCCCAUGAGCCUCGCGGAAGCCGCCGCCGCCGCCGCCUCGGGAGAGCAUGUCACCUCCAGCCGCAGCCACAGCCGCCGCCGCCGCCGCAGCAGCAGCAGCAACAGCAGCCGCAGCCGCGGCGCACGACUCCAGUGCCAGUGCCGCCUCCUCCUCUUCCUCCUGCAUCCUCAGGCACUGGCUCUCUGACUCGAUCCCCUGAUCCAUGCCAGAGGUCCCUGGAGAUCUGGGAGAGCCAUGGCAAGCCAGGGUGACUGCUGCGUCAAGGUGGCGGUCAGGAUCCGCCCCCAGCUAUCCAAGGAGAAGAUUGAAGGAUGUCACAUCUGUACCUCCGUCACUCCUGGAGAGCCCCAGGUGCUUCUGGGGAAGGACAAGGCCUUCACCUAUGACUUUGUCUUUGACCUGGACACCUGGCAAGAGCAAAUCUACACAGCUUGUGUGGGCAAGCUCAUCGAGGGCUGCUUUGAGGGCUACAAUGCCACAGUGCUGGCCUACGGACAGACAGGAGCUGGGAAGACAUAUACCAUGGGCACCGGCUUCGACAUGAGCACCACGGAGGAGGAGCAUGGUAUCAUCCCGAGGGCCAUAGGACACCUCUUCAGGGGCAUUGCCGAUCGCAAGAGACAGGCCCAGGAACAGGGAGUGCCUGGGCCCGAGUUCAAAGUCAGUGCACAAUUUCUGGAGCUCUACAAUGAGGAAAUCCUCGACCUGUUUGAUAGCACCCGAGAUCCUGACUCCCGCCACCGAAAAUCCAACAUCAAGAUCCACGAAGACGCCAAUGGGGGCAUCUACACCACCGGCGUCACCUCCCGCCUCAUCAGUUCCCAAGAAGAGCUGAUCCAGUGUUUGAAGCAAGGUGCUCUGUCCCGGACCACGGCCAGCACACAGAUGAAUGUGCAGAGCUCUCGCUCUCACGCCAUCUUCACCAUCCACCUGUGCCAGAUGCGUGUCUGUGCCCGGCCUGAACUGGUGAAUGGUGAGGUGCCUGGCCUUCACGACGGUGCUGCCCCCACCAAUGAGUAUGAGACACUCACAGCCAAGUUUCAUUUCGUCGAUCUGGCAGGCUCUGAACGGCUGAAACGGACAGGGGCCACAGGCGAGAGAGCCAAAGAGGGCAUCUCUAUCAACUGUGGCCUGCUGGCCUUGGGUAAUGUGAUCAGUGCCCUAGGAGACCAGAGCAAGAAGGUGGUCCAUGUGCCAUACCGGGACUCCAAGCUCACCCGGCUCCUCCAGGACUCCCUCGGUGGAAACAGCCAGACAAUUAUGAUUGCUUGUGUGAGCCCUUCAGACCGGGACUUUAUGGAGACCCUGAAUACCCUCAAGUAUGCCAACCGGGCCCGCAACAUCAAGAACAAGGUGGUUGUGAACCAAGAUAAGACCAGCCAGCAGAUCAGUGCCCUUCGGGCAGAGAUUGCCCGCCUGCAAAUGGAGCUAAUGGAGUACAAGGCGGGUAAGCGAGUGAUUGGGGAAGAUGGCUCAGAGGGCUAUAGUGACCUGUUCCGGGAGAACGCCAUGCUGCAGAAAGAGAAUGGCACGCUGAGAAUGCGGGUGAAAGCCAUGCAGGAAGCCAUUGAUGCCAUCAACAACCGAGUCACCCACCUUAUGAGCCAGGAGGCCAACCUGCUGCUUGCUAAGGCUGGAGAUGGCAAUGAGGCCAUUGGUACUCUAAUCCAGAACUAUAUCCGAGAGAUUGAGGAGCUUCGAACAAAGCUUUUAGAGAGUGAAGCAAUGAAUGAGUCUCUCCGCCGCACACUCUCACGGACCUCAGGCAGGCCUUCCUACUCCAUGAGUGGUUCCCAAACCCAGGGAAGUUUGCUGAGCAGCCCAUCAAUUUCCAUGGAAACAGAGGCUUCAGAGGUGAUCCGCAAGGCCAAGCAGGACCUGGAACGGCUAAAGAAAAAGGAGACCAGGCAACGGAGAAAAAGCCCAGAGAAGGAGGCAUUUAAAAAGAGGGCAAAGUUACAUCAAGAGAACGGAGAAGAGACGGAUGAGAACGAGGCCGAGGAGGAGGAAGAGGAGGAUCGGGAUGAAAGUGGUUGUGAGGAAGAGGAAGGACGGGAAGAUGAAGAUGAAGAUUCGGGCAGUGAGGAGAGCCUAGUGGACUCAGACUCGGAUCCAGAGGAGAAGGAGGUGAACUUCCAGGCCGACCUGGCAGACUUGACCUGUGAGAUUGAGAUCAAGCAGAAGCUGAUCGAUGAACUGGAGAAUAGCCAGCGCCGGCUACAGACGCUGAAGCACCAGUACGAGGAAAAACUGAUCUUGUUACAGAACAAGAUCCGGGACACACAGCUCGAGCGGGACCGGGUGCUCCAGAACCUCAGCACCAUGGAGUGCUACACAGAGGAGAAGGCCAACAAGAUAAAGGCGGAUUAUGAGAAGCGUCUGCGGGAGAUGAAUCGGGACCUUCAGAAGUUGCAGGCAGCCCAGAAGGAGCAUGCCCGGCUGCUCAAGAACCAGUCCCGUUAUGAGAGGGAACUGAAGAAGCUUCAGGCUGAGGUGGCAGAGAUGAAGAAGGCCAAGGUGGCCUUGAUGAAACAGAUGAGGGAGGAGCAACAGCGGAGGCGGCUGGUAGAAACCAAGAGGAACCGGGAGAUUGCCCAGCUCAAGAAGGAGCAACGGCGGCAGGAGUUUCAGAUCCGGGCUCUGGAAUCUCAGAAGCGCCAGCAGGAGAUGGUAUUGAGGAGGAAAACCCAGGAGGUGUCUGCGCUGCGACGCCUGGCCAAGCCUAUGUCAGAGCGGGUGGCAGGACGGGUAGUGGCAAAGCCUCCCAUGCUGGACUCGGGAGCAGAGGUGUCAGCCAGCGCCACGUCAUCUGAGGCAGAGUCUGGAGCCCGGUCUGUCUCAAGCAUCGUGCGCCAAUGGAAUCGAAAGAUCAACCACUUUCUGGGGGAUCCAGCAACCCCAAUCAAUGGCACCCGUCCUGCCAGGAAGAAGUUCCAGAAGAAGGGGGCCAGCCAGAGCUUCAGCAAAGCUGCCAGGUUAAAGUGGCAGUCCCUAGAACGGCGCAUCAUCGACAUCGUCAUGCAGAGGAUGACCAUUGUCAACCUAGAGGCUGAUAUGGAGAGACUCAUCAAGAAAAGGGAGGAGCUAUUUCUCCUUCAGGAAACACUGAGAAGGAAGAGGGAGAAGCUUCAGGAAGAGAGCCCAGAGGAGGAGAAGGGGCUACAGGAGCUGAGUGAAGAGAUCGAAGUGCUAGCAGCCAAUAUUGACUAUAUCAAUGACAGCAUUUCUGAUUGCCAGGCCACCAUUGUACAGCUGGAGGAGACCAAGGAGGAGCUCGAUUCUACAGAUACGUCAGUGGUCAUCAGCUCUUGCUCACUGGCGGAAGCCCGACUCUUGUUGGACAACUUUCUCAAGGCCUCCAUUGAAAAGGGUCUACAGGUGGCCCAGAAGGAGGCCCAGAUUCGGCUGCUGGAGGGGCGGCUGAGGCAAACAGACAUGAACAACUCCUCUCAGAACCACCUGAUCCUGGAUGCCCUCCGAGAAAAAGCUGAAGCCCACCCUGAACUACAGGCACUGAUCCACAAUGUGCAGCAGGAGAAUGGAUACUGCAGCACAGAUGAGGAGAUCUCUGAGUUCUCAGAGGGGAGCUUCUCCCAGUCCUUCACUAUGAAGGGUUCUACCAGCCAUGAUGAUUUCAAGUUCAAGGGGGAGCCCAAGUUGUCUGCUCAAAUGAAGGCGGUGUCAGCUGAGUGUCUGGGUCCCCCAUUGGACAUCUCCACCAAGAACAUCACUAAGUCUCUGGCCUCACUUGUGGAGAUCAAGGAGGACGGUGUGAGCUUCUCUAUCCGAGACCCCUACUACCGAGACAAGGUCUCACGUACCAUCAGCCUGCCCACCCGCGGCAGCACCUUCCCUCGGCAAUCCCGAGGAUCUGACACCUCACCUCUGACCCGGAGGAAGUCCUAUGACCGAGGGCAACCUAUCAGGUCCUCGGACAUGGCCUUCACACCCCCUUCGUCCCCCCCUACGCGGCCCCGAAAUGACCGCAACGUCUUCUCUCGCCUCACCAGCAAUCAGAGCCAGGGGUCAGCACUGGACAAGUCCGAUGACAGCGACUCCUCUAUCUCGGAGGUCCUGAGGGGAAUCAUCAACCCCAUCGGUGGAGCCAAGGGCGCCCGGACUGCCCCCUUACAGUGCGUCUCAGUAGCUGAGGGUCACACCAAGCCCAUUCUUUGCUUGGAUGCCACUGACGAGCUGCUCUUCACAGGAUCAAAAGACAGAAGCUGCAAGAUGUGGAACCUGGUGACAGGGCAGGAGAUUGCCGCUCUGAAGGGUCAUCCCAACAAUGUUGUUUCCCUCAAGUACUGUGCCCACCUGGGCCUAGUGUUCUCUGUCUCCACGUCCUAUAUCAAGGUGUGGGACAUCCGGGAUUCCGCCAAGUGCAUUCGCACCCUCACGUCCUCAGGUCAGGUGAUCUCUGGAGAUGCCUGUGCAAGCACCACCAAUCGAACGGUCACCAGUGCUCAAGGGGAACACCAGAUCAACCAGAUCGCCCUCAACCCCACAGGCACCACUCUUUAUGCUGCCUCUGGCAACUCAGUCCGCAUCUGGGAACUCAACAGGUUCCAGCCCAUUGGGAAGCUGACUGGCCACAUUGGUCCCGUGAUGUGCUUGACAGUCAACCAGACCUCCAACCACCAUGACCUUGUGGUGACCGGCUCCAAGGAUCAUUAUGUAAAGAUGUUUGAGCUGGCAGAGAGUGUGAUGGGCAACAUCAGCCCCACGCACAACUUUGAGCCCCCGCAUUAUGAUGGCAUCGAGUGCCUAGCUAUCCAGGGUGACAUCCUAUUCAGCGGCUCCCGGGACAAUGGCAUCAAGAAAUGGGACCUGGAGCAGCAGGAGCUCAUUCAGCAAAUCCCAAAUGCCCACAAGGACUGGGUCUGCGCCCUGGCCUUUGUUCCUGGCCGACCCAUGCUGCUCAGUGCUUGCCGAGGGGGCUUCAUCAAGGUCUGGAAUGUGGAAAACUUCACACCCAUUGGAGAGAUCAAAGGUCACGACAGCCCCAUCAAUGCCAUCUGUACCAACUCCAAACACAUUUUUACGGCCUCCAGUGACUGCCGGGUAAAGUUGUGGAGUUACGUCCCUGGACUCACCCCCUGCCUUCCACGUCGCGUCCUGGCUAUAAAGGGCCGCGCCACUAGCCUGCCUUGACCCUCUUCUUCCCUCCCUCGUCCCUCGUCUUCCCUCUCAGUCCUCCUUUCUCUCCUUUCUUAUUCUCCCCUUCUCCCCCUCUUCCUUUCUUUCUCCACUUCGAUCCAAGCUGCUUCUUAACGUGACCUGACAGUGAAAUUCUGGAGUGGAAGGCGGCUACCUGGUGGCACAUUUUAGGAGGAGCGGUCAGAAGGGGCACUCGGAUUCCACGUUUCUUCCAGCAGCCUGGGUGUCGUCUAAAGGGAAGCCUCUUCAGACAAUUUAGGCCCCACAGUCCAGGCCAGACGAUGCUCGUGGUUCUGGGUGAGAGGGUUUGGGGAUUCUUUCCCGUCCUCCGCUAGCCUCGCUAAGGGGAGAGUGUUCCCAAACCUAUCUCUCAUUGGGGUGGGGGCCCCCUGAGCAGGAAGGAGAGGGGAAGGACAUUUAAGCUGUGAAGCCAAAAGGCAUUUUUGAUCUCCACACUUUCCCCUGACGCUCCUCAGCGUCUUCCACAUUUGGUCCCAUCUUCUUCCUGCUGAGUCAUCCGCUUCUCACCCCAACCUCAGGAGCUCUCCAGCUGGCCUGUGAGGAGAUCUUGGGGAAAAUCUUAUGAACUGCCCCCCUCCAGAAAGCCCCAUAGUGGGGAGGGGACUCCGAGCCACCCUGAGGGGAUCCCCCAGCCCCAACCAGCCAUAUUUUAACUUGGAAAUGAACAUGCUCUUCUUCCCUUUUCCGUCUGAACGCUCUCUUUCAGAUGGGCAUUUUUCCUCCCGUCCCCUCUUGCCCCUCUUGACCCCCCAUACCUUCUUCUGAGUCCUCAGCCUCCUCCUCCCCAAAAAGGAAGGAGGGAGGUCAACGGAAGAAGAGUGCCUCUCUCUAGUAACCAUGUAAAUUUGGAGAUGGGCAGCUGCCAAGCCCCACCCCUGAGCCUUCUACCUGGGGCCACCACCAUCCCAUCCCUAGGACUCAGCCCUCUCCCUCCUGGGGUCAGAGCAGGCCCACCCUUCAGAAAGCUCCAUCUGAGGGGAGAGUUGCAGACUCAGCCUGGUCAUUUCAUCUAUUUAAUUAAUUAUUUAUUUAUUUAUUGCUGGCGCUUCCUGGAUACCAACUUGAAGUUUCUUCCGAUGCAUUCAAUCCCUCGAGCUUUCCAGGGCCAGGGAAUCCUGAGGAGGGGGAAGAGGCAGGGGGAAAGCCAGGGGUGGGGGCAGGGCAAGAAAGGUCCUCAAAUGGGAAAGGGUGCCGGACAGCACCCCUGAACCUCUGUUUCUGAGCCGUCCAACUCACCCUCGCCUUCUACACAUUCUGGGAUUGAUUGGGGAAAAAAUUCCUUUUGGUUUUUUCCCUCCCUUCCUCCCCACCCUCACCUCUAUCUCCACCAUCGCCCCCUUUCCUCAUCCCCUCCAACUGCCUCCUUAUUCUGGGUUCUUCCUGGCUUCCCUCUCCUCAGGGGAGCGCCCGAGCCCAUGAUUCACCUCAUACCAUCAGACGCUCCAGUGCCUUCCAUCCCCCUGGGGCCUAGCACCCAAAGCUGGGUGACCUCGGGCAGUGGCCCCAGCCACAUGUGUCUUGCUGCCUGCCCUCCUAGCUGGAUCUAACUUGAGGGAGGUCUUGAUCUACGCCCCACCCCCGCCCCACCCCCCCCCCUGCCACCACAUGCUAUGUUACAAACCCCAUCAAGGGGGGGAUUCCUGCCCCACUCCCGCAUCACUUAAGAAGCAGCUUUUGCAUCCUCUCCCUUGUUUCAUGGUACUGUGUGUAUAGUAGAAUGUCUUGAGUAGUAAGGACUAAAUUUUAGGGUCUGUUCCUUUGCGCCUCCCACCACCCCCCCCCAUAAGCUGGGAUAGAACAGUGUUUUAUUCCAGGGGCAUGGUGGGGUGUGGGCUCAGAAGGUUCUCCAUGGUUUUAACUAGACCAUACCCCAGUUUGUCUCUCCAGAUCUUUUCUCUAUGGUUAUUCAAGAGACAUUUUCAAGCCUUAAAACUGGAAGGAAAUAAGGGAGAAUCAUUACUCAUUCAAAAGACCCCAUACCCUUUGGGGAUUUGGGGUUGUUUUUUUUUUUUUUUUGGUCUGGGGGAGGGAGGGGGAAGGGUGUUGGAUUGAAAGAGGCUCUGGUUUUUUGUUUUUUUUUUCUUGCCCAGGGCCUCUCACUAGGUGAAUUUUGUAUUAAAUUAAUAUCUGGGGUUACCUUCCUGGUGGGACCAGUGAACUCAAAGACUAAUCCAAGGACUCCCAGGGAAAUGCAGUGGCUUCUUUCCCCAUCAUAUUUUUCUGCUGCCACACCAGCCCUUUGCUUUUCUGGCUUCUUCCCGCUGGUCACGGACAUAGAAGGAUUCAGGACCGGAAGCCGAGCAUGGGAGCUGAGCUCUCCCCCAUCCUCUUCAGAGAGAGCUUGUAGCCUGAUGCUUCUGGAAAAGGACACAAGCAUCUCUCCUCCCUCAUCGCACUGCACUUGGACUGACCAGAGAAUACAGGCCCCAGGUGGGCAGGAGUCCCUUUUAGCUUCUGAACAAAAGUAGCAUAGAAGAAGAUGGAGGGGUUCUUCUCUCAUUCGUGGACGAGACUUUUAUAUUUCCUGAGGAGUUCCGGUGUCUGAGAGGGAGAAAACUUGCAAGGGGAAAGCUGGCCCUACCUUUCCCCAAUGUGACCCCAUCCUUUUAGAGUCAGGAGACCAACUUCUCCCCCUACCGAGAAGCAGCGAUGACUUUGCAGAAUGACUGUGUUCACAGUUAUCUAUUUGCUGGACACGGACUGAAAUUUGGGGUCAUUCAGUUGCAGGAAGAAAAAAAAGAAAUGAAGUUUUGGUCUUCAGGGAACAAUAGACAAUAUGACUCUGAUGGUUUGUUACUCUCUCCCAGCCUCCAUGCUUGGGAUGGGGGGAGCAAGAGUGGAAAGUCAAAUUGUCAUGUCCCACAGACACCUCCCCUCCACUGCAAAGCAAGCAUGUGUUUGUUUUCCUGUCCCUCUCUCCAUACUAUCUCUGACUUGGGUCUUGCACCCUGGGAGAUGAGGGAAGAACUCCCUCCAAUGGGGUCUGCUGUUUACAAACAUUGAACAUACAAGACUGCAUUCCCCACCCCCCUUGGCUUACAGGUCAAGGGGAGCCGGCCUCCAGCAAUGGGGACCGUACUAUGAGUUUUCAUUUGGUUCCCACUCAAGGUUUGAUCCCAUGGUCCCCCUGUGUUGUGAUUGUUGUCUGAUCCUUUUUUUGUUCAUGUUGGGUAAGCUACCUCAUGGCUGGGCCUGGGCUUUGCUAUAUGUGAGUGUGCUGGCUUUCCAGAAACUUGAAAUCCUGAGGCCCUGACAGGGUCAUUCCAUCCCGAAGUUGUUGGGCAGCUGAACGUGAAGAAAACUGGGUCUCUCAGCACUUUCCUGAAGAGGAGUUGGGAGGCACAGGCUUUAGGUCUGAGCCAGAGAUUGUUGGGGAACAGGGACUGCAACCGCACAAGUAUUUACAAGUAUUUUAAGUGUUAUAAGCACAAAACGAUUGUAUUCUGAGCACAAGGACUAUAGAGCCUGAGCACAAGCCCUAGACUGAGGAAGCUUAGACCCAGCUUUGGAGCACAGGAUGACCGGGCCACCAGACCUACUUCUGGGUUCCCAUCUUUUGUCUGCCCUCAUUCCCUUUGGGCAGAAGACUCAUAUUGGCCAGUGUGUUCUGGUCUGGACAAGAGAAUUCCCAAACUUCCCCUGGCUCCCUUCCCUUAGAGGAACCCCAAGGGCCAUGCCUUGGGGAAGGAAGUCAUCCUAUCCUACUGGACCCUUUCAGGCUGCCAGUGCCCACUGUGCCCCGGAAUAAAGGAGCCCUCUUCCUUUGGGCAUUAAUCAGAGGUAGUUAUAGAAAGGACUGAGAGACAGGUCAUGCCAGCAUGUGCCAUCCUGGUAAGCCUGGGGUAUGGAGACAUGAGACAUAUGAACUCACCAUUCCCCAAAAGUUUAAUGAUUGAAGGGCUCUGAGCCCUUAACUACCCCCAGAUUCCGGGCUCACAGGCCUCUCCCAAUUAGCCUCUCCUAAAUAGCCCCAGCUGAAUAAAGGGCCCAUUAGGUCUCCUGGGUUAGGGCUCUUAGCUAGGGCCCAGAUUCUCAAGCACAGUAUUAUUGUCCUUUUUACAGUAUUUACUCUCUAAGUUAGUGGCAGCUUAGUCCUGAGAAGGCUUCUCCACAAUAGACCCUGGAGUCAGCACUGGGGAGAGAUUGCAAAGGAAGGAGGAGAGAGUUGGUGCUGGGAGUUUUCAUCUGGGGGUAAUAGGACCCCUGCAUGAAGGUGGAUUUGGAAUGUGAGACCAGGAAGGGACCUGACAGGCCAUCUCUUCCAUGCCUAAUGUAAUCCUCACCAUUUGCAAAUACAAAGUUGAUGGUGGGUAAACAUCUGUGAAAACUGACACCAAUGGGCAGGGUUUUAUGAAUCUCAACAGGAAUUUAAAAAGUCAGGUCCCUCUGUUGCCUUUCCUUGUCCCCCUGGAAGCCUGCCCUUUCCCUACACCUGGAUGGGCAGGUCCCGUCUCUGCCAGGUUGGCUUCCUGGGGUGUUUGGGUUAACUGCCCACAAUACAGGAAUUCCACUCUGUAGCUGCUGCUCUUUUACCAUGCCUCUAGUGCCAGGGUGCCACCCUCUCACACCCCCUCACCCAGCUGGUCUGGAUCCUUUGUCAGGCUGAUCUCCACUUUUACUGAACUGCCAGGGCUUCUCUUCUCCCUUGGUUUCCCUCCUGGCUAGAUGCCAUUCCCCAAAGACUGACACUCUAUUCCUCUGGUUCCCUGGCUGUAAUGAAGCCUGGAAGUCCGGGAGGGGAAGAGGUUCGUGGGGAUGGAGCCCAGCAAUUUAGCGACCAUCACUGGCUACUUCAAUCUCCACCUCUUCCCCCACCCCAGCAUCACCACUCAUCCCUCUCCCCAGUGCACAGCUGAGGGCACAGACCCUCAACUAGGGCCCUGCUCCCCUUUCCAUCCUUGCUUGAGUUACUGAGAUCACAAAGUCCGCCAGCCCCAAAGGAGCAGGAGUGUGUGCAGAGGAGACACCUGCCUUGACCUGGCCACCAGCUGUUAUCUGGAGGCCAAAUUCUCUGAGGCUCCAGGGUCAGAUCUUGCCCUUGCUCCUCUCUGUGACGUGUAUAGCACAAGGUGUACAUACAUUUUGUACCUUCGCGGACAACUGUAUAUAGUGUAAGAAAGUUAUUUAAACCUCGCGCUGUACAUUUUUGUUUUCAACCUAGAUGUGUUGGUUCCCAGGAGGUCUUCGUAAAUAAAGCCAAAAUGGUCAUUGUUUGUGGACAUUGCUGCCA